AUGUCUCGAGCACGGCAGCCCCCACUUGUAACUGGCAUCUCUCCCAAUGAAGGCAUCUCAUGGACAAAAGUGACAAUUAGAGGAGAAAAUCUGGGGACUGGGCCUACAGACCUCAUAGGUUUAACAAUCUGUGGGCACAACUGUCUGCUAACUGCUGAAUGGAUGUCUGCCAGUAAAAUUGUGUGUCGAGUUGGACAGGCUAAAAAUGACAAAGGAGACAUUAUUGUUACUACAAAGUCUGGUGGCAAAGGAACUUCAACUGUUUCCUUCAAACUGCUUAAACCUGAAAAAAUAGGUAUCUUGGAUCAGUCUGCUGUCUGGGUGGAUGAAAUGAACUAUUAUGACAUGCGCACCGAUAGGAACAAAGGGAUUCCCCCCUUGUCCCUACGUCCAGCUAAUCCGCUUGGUAUUGAGAUAGACAAAGGCAGAUUUCCUCAAAAAGAUUUAGAAGCACUGUUUCCUGGGAUGAGUGCUGAUUUCACUAGUGAAAACUUUUCUGCUGCCUGGUACCUGAUUGAGAAUCAUUCAACAACAAGUUUUGAUCAGCUCAAAACGGCUGUUGUGAAUUUGAAGAAACAAGCCAAUAAGAAAAAUGAGGGGAGUCUAGCUUAUGUGAAAGGAGGUCUCAGCACAUUUUUUGAAGCACAAGAUGCUCUGUCAGCAAUCCAUCAAAAACUGGAAGCGGAUGGAACGGAAAAAGUAGAAGGAUCCAUGACGCAAAAACUGGAGAAUGUACUGAACAGAGCCAGUAACACAGCAGAUACCUUAUUCCAAGAAGUGUUGGGUCGCAAGGACAAAGCUGAUUCAACAAGAAAUGCACUUAAUGUUCUUCAGCGUUUUAAAUUUCUUUUCAACCUUCCCUUGAAUAUUGAAAGAAAUAUCCAGAAGGGUGAUUAUGAUGUGGUUAUUAACGACUACGAAAAAGCCAAGUCACUCUUCGGAAAGACAGAGGUUCAAGUAUUCAAAAAAUAUUAUGCUGAAGUUGAAACUAGAAUUGAAGCUUUAAGAGAACUUCUGUUGGAUAAGCUGCUUGAAACUCCGUCAACGUUGCAUGAUCAGAAACGUUAUAUAAGAUAUCUUUCUGAUCUUCAUGCGCCUGGGGACCCUGCUUGGCAGUGCAUUGGUGCUCAACAUCAGUGGAUUCUGCAACUCAUGCACAACUGUAAGGAGAGCUAUGUUAAAGAGCAAAAAGGCAACUCAUUGCUCCACAGCCCCAUGCUAGACCUGGAAAGUGAUGUGCGUCCAUCACCAAUUGGCCAUCUCGGUCAAACUGCUUCACUGAAAAGGGGCAGCAGCUUUCAGUCUGGCCGCGAUGAUGCUUGGCGAUACAAAGCUCCUCAGCAAGUUGUAUUUGUUGAAAAGUUGACAAAACUUGUUGUAAGUCAGCUGCCCAACUUUUGGAAGCUCUGGAUUUCUUAUGUGAAUGGAAGUUUAUUCAGUGAGACUGCUGAAAAAUCUGGCCAGAUGGAAAGAUCAAAGAAAAAUGCUAGGCAAAGACAAAAUGAUUUCAAGAAAAUGAUUCAGGAAGUGAUGCACUCUCUGGUAAAACUUAUCCGUGGAGCUUUGCUUCCAUUCAGCCUCAGAGAAGGAGAAUCAAGACAGUAUGGGGGCUGGGAGAUGAAAGCUGAACUUUCUGGCCAGUGGCUAACACAUGUUAUCCAGACUGUAAGGCUUAGUUCUGAGUCUCUUACUGCACUCGAGAUACCCAAUGAUAUGCUUCAGAUCAUCCAGGAUCUUAUUUUGGACCUUCGUGUACGUUGCAUUAUGGUGACCUUACAACACACAGCUGAAGGUAAUAAAAGGCUGCAGGACCAGGUUAACUGGGCCCUUGACAAUGAAGGUUUGACAUCGUUGCCAUCCCAGUUUGAACAGUGCAUUAUCCAUUCCUUGCAAUCUCUUAAAACUGUGCUGGACUGCAAACCUGGAGAGGCCAGCGUUUUCCAGCAGCAGAAAACACAGGAGGAUGUGUGCCAGCUAAGCAUUGGGAUCAUGCAGGUCUUCAUAGACUGUUUGGAACAACUGAGCACCAAACCUGAUGGUGACAUAGACACAGCACAUCUUUCAGUUGACGUUUCAUCUCCAGAUUUGUUUGGAAGCAUUCAUGAAGACUCAAGUCUUUCUUCAGAACAGAGGCUUUUAAUUGCACUCAGUAACUGCCGUUAUCUGGAACGUCACACCUUCCUAAAUAUAGCUGAACAUUUUGAGAAACAUGGCUUUCAAGGUGUUGAAAAAAUAACUCAAGUUAGUAUGGAAUCCUUGAAAGAGCUGGAUCAAAGACUGUUUGAAAUGUACAUUGAAUUCAAGGCAGAUCCGAUAGUCGGGUCAUUAGAACCUGGCAUUUAUGCAGGAUAUUUUGAUUGGAAAGAUUGUCUUGUUCCAGCGGGUGUCAGAAACUAUUUGAAAGAAGCAUUAGUGAAUAUCAUUGCUGUGCAUGCAGAGGUGUUUACCAUUUCCAAAGACUUAGUUCCUCGGGUAAUGUCAAGGGUUGUAGAAGCAGUCUCUGAAGAACUGAGUCGACUGAUGCAGUGUGUUUCAUCCUUCAGCAAAAAUGGAGCUUUACAGGCAAGACUUGAAAUCUGUGCGUUGAGAGAUACUGUGGCCAUAUACCUAACACCUGAAAGCAACUCGAGCUUUAAGCAAGCUUUGGAAGCCUUGCCUCAGCUCUCAAGUGGAACUGACAAAAAGUUACUAGAAGAGUUACUAAACAAAUUUAAAAGCAGCAUGCACUUGCAAUUGACCUGUUUUCAAGCUUCUUCGUCAGCAAUGAUGAAAACAUAGACAACAGUACAAUGCAGGCAACUCAAAAGACAAAUGUGCUUAAAUGUCACCCAUCUUUUCUGUGCUUCUUCAAUUCCUUUGAAGACUGAAGAAAACAAAAGGAAUUUCACUGAAAAAGAAAUUGAGAGAUACAACUCUUUGAGUAAUGGUAUGGGGUAUCCUGCUGAGUGAGACUUCUGGUCAUAAAUACCUUGAUAAAAUGGUU